ACUUUUCCCAUUCUCAUGCUGUUUAUGAAUAGUGCAGCAUGCUCGGGCUGAUGGUGGUUCAAAAGUCAAAAAUAUUUUUAUCAAUCUAAGAUUGAAAUCUCAAAAACAAAAAUUUUUUUGAAUUAUAAAUUCAUUUACAUCUGUUCAGAUUUGAUUUGAUAUUUUAAUCAUGAACUCAAUAUCGGCACCGGGUUCGUCCCAAUCCAAGGAUUCAACAGCACAAGCUUCUGGAAGUGCCCCACAAAUUCAGGAAUUCAGCAUUAGAGUUCCCAAGAACUCAAAAAAAAAAUAUAACAUUAUGCGAUUCAAUGCUGUACCCAAAACUGACUUCAAAGAAUGGAAAAGUGUUAAAAUGGAAAGAGAAAAUAAUAUGAAAGACUUCAAGGGUAUGGAUGAAGAUAUGCCUAAAUUUGGUGCUGGUUCUGAAUUUGGCAGGGAAGCUAGAGAAGAAGCAAGAAAAAAAAGAUAUGGAAUAAAUGCUAAAAAAUAUAAACCUGAAGAUCAGCCAUGGAUUCUCAAGAUAAAUGGUUCAAAUGGGAAAAAGUAUAAAGGAACAAAAACAGAUGGUAUUAACCAAAAUGCUGCUUACUAUGUGUUUACUCACGCCCCUGAUGGAGCUAUUGAAGCAUUUCCUUUAAAUGAAUGGUACAAUUUUACACCAAUUCAAACUUAUAAAACCCUGAAGCUUGAAGAAGCAGAAGAGCAAUACAGUAUGAGAAAUAAAAAUUUUAAUUACUUUAAUCUCAUGUUAAGAAAGAGAUUAAGAAAUGAAGAAGAAGGUGCAGAUGAAGAAUUAAUGGAAUUAGAAAAAGAAAAGAAAACGAAUAAGAAAAAAAAAGAUUUAAAAAUAUCAGAAAUGGAUGAAUGGAUGAGUAGUGAUGAUGAUUCUAGCGGUAGUGAAAAAGAAGAUAAGCAAUCAGAUGAUGAAGUUAAUAAAAAAAAAAGUAAAAAAGGAAAAGGAACAGCAAAAGGAAAGAAAAAAAAGAAAGUUUCUGAUGAUGAAGCAUUUGAAGAGAGUGAUGAUGGUGAUGAAGAAGGCCGUGAACUUGAUUACAUCUCAGACUCGUCCGCUUCAGAUUCCGAAUUAGAACAACAGAAGGAAAUCAGAUCUGUUGCAGAAGAAUCUGGUUUAAAAAAACUAUUAGUAUCUGAUGAUUCUGAUGAAGAAGAUGAAGAAAAUAAAGAAGAAGAAAAUAAAAAUGAUGAAGAAGACGGCCAAGAUAAAGAUGAAAAAGAUAAGGAUAAAGUGGGCAAAAAUAUGGAUAAGAAGAAAGAUAAAAAGAAGAAAAAUGGUUCUGAAUCACCUAGUGAUAAUGAAUCAGAAUUUGAUAAAGAUAAGGAACAUCCAGAUAAAAAACCUACAAGCACCCAAAGUUCAAGAUCAGCUUCACCUGCAGUAUUUAGCAGUAACAGUACUGACUUAAAACGUCCAUUAAGCAGUUCACCAGAUCCAAUUCAAGCAAAGAAAUUAAAACUUGAAAGUGGCUUCAUGUCUUAUGUAUCAGGCGCAAGUGAAUCUGGUAUCUCUGAGGAUGCAGUAAGACGUUAUCUCAUGCGGAAACCAAUGACUACAACAGAACUUUUACAAAAAUUCAAAUCUAAAAAAACUGGUUUAAGCUCCGAUCAAAUAGUAACAAUUAUGACUAAAAUCUUGAAAAAUAUCAAUCCAGUUAAACAAAAAAUUAAAGGAAAGAUGUAUUUUUCGAUAAAGUCUCAACAACCAUCUCCUCAACAAUAGCCAAAGUAUUUAAAUUAAUUAAAAAAUAUUUUCUUAACAUUCUGAAUAACUUUUCAAAAUAAUUUUUGAAUUGUGGCAUUGUGAUUUAAUUUAUAUUAGUAUGAAAUUACUAAUUUUGUAUAUAUGUCUCAUUCACGAUUAAAGUUAACAACGUUGUAAAAAAUAUAAAUCGCCGUUGCUGGAUUUUUAAUUAUGUUUAUUAUGAACAAUAUCAAUAAAAAAAAUAGUUUUGAUAAAAAA